UGUGUUCAGUCGUCCUGUCUUUCGCCACGGAGCCAUUUUGUGCUUUUCCAUUGUGUCAGCAACAAGAAAAAGUUGGUGUCCUGUGAAAAAUUUUUUUCUUCAAGUGAUUAGAGAAGAAAAGGCAGCCACAAAAGCUAAUCAUGAACAACCACUGAUACAUUUGGUUGUCUGCCCAUCCAAAGCUGCAGGAAUUGUGAUAGAGAAAUCCACUGGAAAGGUGCUUUUUGCAGAUUUUUCUUUCCUCCUUUUGGCAAAUCCAGAGAGGACACAAAUCGAUUUUUCUGAGCACCAUCGUUGAAAAGUCACAGUUCAUUUUGGAAAAUCUCAUCUCACUGUCGAAUUUGCGGAUAGAAUUCGACAUUGAGAUUGCCAGGAGGAUAACCUGGAGGUACCUUUUCUUAAUCUGAGUGCAUUAGUUUCCUGGUGUUUCGCCCGUGCGAGUCCUGCCCAAAAUUUUGAGCUAAGAUAAAAAACUGCCGUGGAUGUCGUCAGACGACGGAAGUGACUACCACAAGCAUCCACAGAAUCACAAGUCCGCCUCCAGCUCAGCCUCCACAGUCACUGUCGCUUCUAGCCAUCCGGAUGGCCUCAUUGUCUCCCACAAUGGGGGUAUGUGCGUCAGUGUGGGCUGCAAUACCACCAUCAAUCGUCGAAAGAGCUCCACUAGUUCUCACGGUGGGGCCCACUUUCAGCUGGCUCCACCAGGACACUCCCUGAAGGACAGGGAUCCCGGGGAUACAGCCUAUGGGAACAUCGUAUCGCCCAGUCGAUACAUUCCUCCGGAUCAGUAUCAGCUAACGGCCAGGAUUGCAGCAACAGCUCCUCCUCCGGAGCGUUUUUCAGAUGACAUCAUAACGUGUUGUUUGCCACCACCAUCGCCAGCCCCCAACAGUGACCGCUUUGUCAUGGGCCUGCCGUCACCUUCACCGUCGCCCUCCGGAGGCUACGGGGAUCACGGUGGUGCCCGCUACUCUGUGCAUCAUCGGACUUUGUCGCCCAAUUCACGCUACAGGGCUUCGUACAGUGACCGUUUUCGCGAUGUCUCGCCCAAAUGUGACCGCUUCGUGCCGCCACCCACUGCCCACUAUCUCGCUAACAGCACGCCACUCGCCUCCGCGGACAACUACAGUUACCUCACGUCCACGGUUCACACACCCGUAAAGCGAUACGUUCCGACACCUCCACCUCCAACAACUGAUGUGUACAGUGAUUCUUCCGUAUCUGGCGUGUCAUCUGCUAGCAGUGGAGCUCUCUGUCCAGUCGGCUAUUCACUGCCACCAUCUUCAGCACAAUCUUCCAAUGGAGGUGCCGGAGCAGGUGGAACUCUGCGGAACAACGUGCCGUAUCGCUUACGCCUGAAAUGCUGCCUCAAUGAACAUCAAAUGGCAGCCGUGGGAGCUGGAGGAGUAGCAGAUCACUAUGCCACUCCACCUCGAGUGCGUCCCAUCAAAUGUCCAGCAGCGCCUUCUUGCUCAGUGACUCCAACACCACGUUCCGGACACGAUUACAUGCCACGCACACCAAGUGUUGAGUACAUGGGGCCCAAUUCCGGACGCGUUGUCACUCCUGUUAGCGUCAUGAGUGAACCAGGAAACUCCAGUGCCACCUGUACUCACUGCAACACCAUGAGACGCACCACGGGUGUCCAUCAGACAACGCAAACAACUGGUCCAAUCAGUCCAAUUCCCCCUUCGCUUCCAGUCUCAUCCACUGAGUCAUCCCAUUCUGAACUGAGUGCUGCUGGAGAUUCCACUUCACCACCCAGUCCUCCUUCCACGGCAUCCCUUGCAUCCAUGUCACUUUUGCCGCAACAGUCUUCGACUGCCAAUACAGCUGCUCCAACUCCUUCAGCUUCGGUAUCACAAGCUCCCAUCUCCCCAGUUCCUUCGCUCCUCAAUCAGCAGCAACAGGCGGCUCAUUCUUCAGCUGAUGAUCUCUCUUCUCCAGCGUCCUCCAAUAAGCAACCGCCUCAAAUGCAGCCCCAGGAUCGUAGCAAUGCUGGAAUGCUCAAUAACCGUUCCCUGGUUCUCCAUCAUGGAUCGACACUAACGCUGCAACGAGGAACCCUUCGUCAUCCUCAUAUGCAGCAAAUGCGUAUUUCGCGCAAACAGCGUGUGAAGAACUACCUCCGACACGAACUGGCCAAAUUCUUCGGAGUAGACACUGUCGAUGAAGAACACGAACGCAUUAAGUGGGCUCAGCGUCAGAAACGAUUUGCCCUCAGGAGCUUUGGUUCGCUGUACGUAAAUGCCGAAGGAGGAGGAUUUGCAUCUGGUGAGAGACGACAGCAACAUGGUGAGCGACCGGAUAUACUGCCAGCUCAGACAACUGAAGAGAUGAGUGUACGCCACCUCAACAGUGACAGAAGAGCAAGUGGAGAACCAAUUGAAAAGAAAGCUUCUGUAGCUAAGAUGGCUUGGCAAGGAAUCACUUACAUCAUCCAUGCACUUAGCAAGAAAAAUCCCCGGUCUACUUUUCAAUGGUCCAGGAGUUUUGCGCCGCUACAUUGUACAAGCCAGGAGGAUCUCAAUAGUGACAUGUGCGAAGGUUUAUCUCCGCUGCAGGACGAUGAGGUAUUUUUUGACUCUCCUUCGACUCCAGGAGCUGCUCCGGCUGGAGGAGGUAGUGUAGCUUCUGCAAAUGGACCUCGUCAGCAGCAAAGUGGACAGAUGAUAGAUAAUGCUAGAUCCAUUUACAUGGGGGAACGUCUUCAUGGAUGGAGGACGAAAUCGACAGAAAAUCAACUGAUGGGCCAUCGUAGUCGCGGGCAGAGGAUCUCAUCACAGUGUCUCGAUGGAGUGGUGGACAAUUCACGACGUCCACUAACACAUUCAAUAAGACUUCUACGACGACAUGAGCUUGAUGAUCGUUAUGACUACAGACCAUUCUUCACAUACUGGAUCAAUACAGUGCAAAUCUUGGUCUUAAUCAUCUCGAUCAUCUGCUAUGGAAUAGGUCCCAUGGGUUUCGGAAUGGAGUACAAGACAGGGCAAGUCUUAGUGACCAGUCUCUCCCUGCAGCAGGUGCAGCAUCAGGAGAUCCAGAAUAUGUGGGUAGGGCUCCGAGGAGACGAUUUAGUGCAUUUAGGGGCAAAAUUUGCCGUAUGCAUGAGACGUGACAAAAAGAUGCUUGAAGUGACUGCCAAAACGCGGAGGCAGGAGCGUGAAACUGCUUGCUGUAUCCGAAACGACGAUUCCGGGUGUGUUCAGAGCUCUCAGGCUGACUGCAGUAUUCGCGGCCUGUGGCCCACAAAGUCCAUUUCGACGUGGAAGAAGUGGUCUCCUGGGGAUUCAGGUCCCGGCGGCAGGAUAUCCGGGUCAGUUUGUGGCUUGGAUCCAAAGUACUGCGAUGCCCCAGCUUCAGUAGCGCCCUACGAAUGGCCCGAUGAUAUCACCAAGUGGCCAAUAUGUCGAAAGACUAAUGCAUUUUCGCAGCGUUUUCGCUUCAAGGAUCACACAGCCGAGCACAUGGUGUGUGAAGUAAUAGGUCAUCCGUGCUGUGGGGGAGUUUACGGAGAGUGUCGUAUCACAACACGCGAAUUUUGUGACUUUGUCAAUGGGUACUUCCAUGAAGAAGCCAGCCUGUGUAGCCAAGUGAACUGCCUCAAUGACGUCUGUGGCAUGUUUCCCUUCAUUGUACCCAACUUCCCUGAUCAGUUCUAUCGUCUGUUCACGUCACUGUGCCUACACGCUGGAGCGGUCAGUCUCUUUUUCACUUUAUUUUUCCAAUACUUCGUACUUGGCGACGUCGAGCGUCUCCUGGGUCCCAUUCGCACCGGUAUCCUCUACAUCUGUUCCGGAAUCGCAGGCAACCUCACCAGUGCCAUCUUAUUGCCAUACAGGCCCGAGGUGGGGCCUUUAGCAGCCCAGGCUGGAGUAACAUCUACCAUGACAGUUCUACUGUUGUUCAUUCACUGGAAACAUUUAAAGAGACCAUAUUUUGCCGUAAUUAAAUUGUUUACCAUUUUUGCUGUUAUAUUCGGCGUAGGCACACUUCCGUUGCAACAAAAUUAUGCCGCUGUCAUAGCUGGGAUCAUCUCAGGAACAGCACUAACUUUAGCUCUUGUUCCCUUUGUCGGUCUCACAAAAUAUGGUCGUAAGAGUAAAAUAAACCUCGUGUGGUCAAUAAUGAUACUCUAUUCGGCCACUUACGUGGCGCUUUUUGUCAUUUUCUACUUAUUUCCCUCUGCGUUCAAACAUCUUGGGGGAAUUGGUUAUUCCGACUUUACCGCUGGGACCAGUUUUGGGACAAUCAGCACAAUACAUGAUCCAAGUGUGGGUAGCUCCGCCAAAAGCAUAAAUACACCCACAUCGAGCAGUUCCGGAACUGGAGGCGGUAGCAUCAGUGGCAGUACCAAGCAAAUGCUCGUGGGACAAGCAUGAAAUUAUUUUACCGGAGUUUAUAUACUCCGUCGGAAUUUCCGGUGAGCAUUUUCCGGACAGGUGGAAACGACACACAUUCACAUAAUAAAUUAUAAAUAUUGAAGAAAAAAAUGGAAAAAAGAUAAUUAUGUAUUCGUGAAAUCAAUAAUUAAAAUAAUAAUUUAAAA